GGGAGCCGAGCCGCGCAAAGCAGAGGGAAGGACGCGCCAUUUCUCUCUUCCUUCCCUUCCUUCUUCUACAUCUCUCUCUACUUAUCUCUAUAUAUUGAAUUCCAAUCGCGAUACCCAAAACGGCCGAGCCAAAGAAACACGAAAUAUCUCCCUCCCAACUCCCCAGCCCAGCUGAGAAUCUCAUCAGUCUCCCUCCCUCCCUCCCUCCACCGGCCGGCGGAGAUCAUGGGGAACUACAGAAUGUGCGGGUGCUUCGUCAGGAAGUUCUCCGUCAUCGAGUCCGGCCCGCCUCCCGACAUCGCGGACGCGUUCCGCAAGUACACCGGCGGCGCGCCGGUCAUGUUCCCCGAUCAGCUCCGCCUCUUCCUCGCCGAGCACCAAGGCGCCGACGACGGCACCGCCGGGAAGAUCUUCGCCGCCAUCUUGCAGAAAAGGCACCAUCUGUUCAGCAGGCACAGCCUCACCCUCGAUGAUUUCUACCGUUACUUGUUCUCCCCGGAUCUCAAUCCCCCCACCAUCGCCGACCAGGUGUAUCAGGACAUGACAAAGCCAUUGUCCCAUUACUUCAUCUACACAGGACAUAAUUCCUACUUAACUGGGAACCAGCUCAACAGCGAUUGCAGUGAUAUCCCCAUCAUCAAGGCACUCAAGAGAGGGGUAAGAGUGAUUGAGCUCGACAUCUGGCCGAAUUCGGAUAAAGAUGAAAUCCACGUUCUACAUGGAAGGACCUUGACAACUCCUGUGGAAGUCCUGACCUGUCUGAGAUCGAUAAAAGAAUAUGCAUUCGUAGCUUCGCCAUAUCCGGUCAUAAUCACUCUCGAAGAUCACCUCACAACACAACUUCAAGCUAAAGUAGCUCAGAUGAUCAAGGACACGUUUGGGGAAAUGCUGUACUGUCCAGAUGCAGAGUGUUUGGAAGAGUUCCCUUCACCAGAAGAUUUGAAGUACAGGAUAAUUAUAUCAACCAAGCCUCCCACUGAGUAUCUAAUGGGUAAGAGUUCAACGAGAAAGCGGAGUAAAUCGCAGAAGGACAAGGAUUCUGAUGACGAAAUAUGGGGGAGAGAAGCAGCAGCUGACUCAACAGACCGUGAAGAUGGUGAAAUGGUAAAGGAUUCUACACAUGCUAUUCCAUAUCAGAGUGGCAGCGAGUCAAGUGAAGGUACAGACUAUGAGUUACUCUCAGGAACAUCAGAUUAUAAGCGUCUAAUAGCCAUCCAGGCUGGGAAAGCAAAAAGUGGUUUGAAGCAGGCUCUAAGAGUUGACUGUGCCAAAGUUAAACGGCUUAGUUUGAGUGAACAGAAGCUAGAGAAGGCCGCGGAGAAUCAUGGAGAAGAGGUUAUUAGAUUUACGCAGAAAAAUAUUUUGAGGGUGUAUCCUAAAGGCACUAGGUUCACUUCUUCCAACUACAAGCCUCUUGUUGGUUGGAUGCAUGGAGCUCAAAUGGUUGCCUUCAAUAUGCAGGGCUAUGGAAGAGCUCUUUGGUUGAUGCAUGGAAUGUUCAGGUCCAAUGGAGGUUGUGGAUAUGUGAAGAAGCCUGAUCUUCUAAUGGAUCCUGAUAAACUGUUCACUCCCAAAUCCCAACUGCCUGUGAAGAAAACAUUGAAGGUUAAAGUGUAUGCUGGAGAUGGAUGGCACUUGGAUUUCAAACAAACUCAUUUCGACAAAUAUUCCCCUCCAGAUUUCUACACCAGGGUGGGAAUUGCAGGAGUUCCAGAUGAUGUGGUGAUGAAGAAAACUAGGGUAAAAGAGGAUGAUUGGGCACCAGUUUGGGAUGAAGAGUUCACAUUCCAAUUGACUGUUCCUGAACUAGCUUUACUGAGAAUCGAAGUUCAUGAGUACGAUAUGUCUGAGAAGGAUGACUUUGGUGGUCAAACUUGUUUGCCUGUCUCUGAACUCAGACCAGGAAUCCGUGCAGUCCCACUUUUCAACAGGAAGGGCGAGAAGUACCAUUCAGUAAAGCUUCUUAUGCGGUUCCAGUUUGUGUAGCAUUUCUGUCCCCCUUGAUGAGAUAGAUACCAAUAACCAUGUUUUGCACCAGUGAUGUACAUGCCAUUUUUGCAGAGUAAUAUAUAUACGUAGCAUUCUUACUCCCCAACAUACUUUUAGCCAGAGCAGUAUGAAGUCAUUGCCAUUUCCUUGUGACUCAGAAAAAGUUGGAAGAUUCUGGUCUUAGACUCUUAGUAAUGGAGA